CCAGCUCUGGGCCGAGAACCUGUGCAUGACAAGCUUGGAGUGAGCAGCUUGCCAGAGGUUUGGGACAAGGCUCACCUGGCAACUCAACAGUCAAGUUCAAGCUUUUACCCGCCACACCCUGGUCUCGGGAGGGCCCCAGGAGCUCACCCUCUGCUGCCCUGCAGGAUGCUGCAGCUGAGCCUGUCCUGGCUGGGACUGGGGCCGCUGGCAGCCUCCCCGUGGCCACUCCUGCUGCUGCUGGGAGCCUCCUGGCUCCUGGCCCGCGUCCUGGCCUGGAUCUAUACCAUCUAUGACAACUCUCGCCGCCUCCGGUGUUUCCCGCAGGCCCCAAAGCGGAACUGGUUUUGGGGUCACCUGGGCACGGUCACCCCCACAGAGCAGGGCAUGAGGGACAUAACUCAGCUGGUGGCCACCUACCCCCACGGAUUUAUGGCCUGGCUGGGUCCCAUCCACAACCUCGUCAUUCUGUGCCACCCUGACAUGGUCUGGGCUCUCACCAACGCCUCAGCUGCCGUGGCCCCCAAGGACAUGGUCUUCUACAGCUCUCUGAAGCCCUGGCUGGGGGAUGGGCUUCUGCUGAGCGCCGGUGACAAGUGGAGCCACCACCGCCGCCUGCUGACUCCCGCCUUCCACUUCAACAUCCUGAAGCCCUACAUGAAGAUUUUCAACGACAGCGUGAAUAUCAUGCACGCCAAGUGGAAGCGCCUGGCCUCAGGGGGCAGCACCCGUCUGGACAUGUUUGAGCACAUCAGCCUCAUGACCCUGGACAGUCUGCAGAAAUGUGUCUUCAGUUUUGACAGCAAGUGCCAGGGAAGGCCCAGCGAAUAUAUUGCCGCCAUCUUGGAGCUCAGUGCCCUGGUGACAAAACGAGUCCAUCAGUUCUUCCUGUACAUAGACUUCCUGUACUACCUCACCCCCGAUGGACAGCGCUUCCGCCGGGCCUGCCGCCUGGUGCAUGACUUCACAGACGCCGUCAUCCAGGAGCGGCGCCGCACCCUCCCUGACCAGGGUGUUGAGGACUUCCUGAAGGACAAGGCUAAGACCAAGACUUUGGACUUCAUUGAUGUGCUCCUGCUGGCCAAGGAUGAAGAUGGGAAGGCAUUAUCAGAUGAGGACAUCCGAGCUGAGGCGGACACCUUCAUGUUUGAGGGCCAUGACACCACAGCCAGCGGCCUCUCCUGGGUCCUGUACAACCUCGCAAGGCACCCAGAAUACCAGGAGCGCUGCCGGCAGGAGGUGCAACAACUCCUGGGGGACCGUGAGCCUCAAGAGAUUGAAUGGGACGACCUGGCCCAGCUGCCCUUCCUGACCAUGUGCAUCAAGGAGAGCCUGCGCCUGCACCCCCCGGUCACCACCAUCUCCCGCUGCUGCACCCAGGACAUCAAGCUCCCGGAUGGCCGGGUCAUCCCCAAAGGCGUCACCUGCCUCAUCAGUAUUUUUGGGACCCAUCACAACCCAGCCGUGUGGCCAGACCCUGAGGUCUAUAACCCUUUCCGCUUCGACCCAGAGAACAGCAAGGACAGGUCACCUGUGGCUUUCAUUCCCUUCUCUGCGGGGCCCAGGAACUGCAUCGGGCAGACGUUCGCCAUGGCCGAGAUGAGGGUGGUCCUGGCGCUCACGCUGCUGCGCUUCCGCGUCCUGUGCGACCAGGCGGAGCCGCGCCGGAAGCCAGAGAUCAUCCUGCGCGCGGAGGGCGGCCUGUGGCUGCGGGUGGAGCCGCUGGGCGCCGGCCCGCAGUGACCCUGCGCACCUCCCCUUGCAGGUUCCCAGGAAAAAACUGUGCUGUCACCUCUGCUCCAGCCUCACUGAGUCUGCAGCGGGCGCUUGGGCCUGCGGGCACCCGGGAGCGGGUGAGGCUUGGUGGAGGGGUCAGGUGUCUCCAGCCCACCGCAGGGCCCACACUGAUCGCGGGCUCUCCCUCAGCCCAAGCACGGACUUUAUCGCCUGGGUAGUGGGGAGCCAUGGGAGGUGUUUGAGCAGGAAGGAACCAGGUUGAAGGACGGAUCUAAGGGGCACAUUUGAGGCCCUGAGUCACACAGGAGAACCCAACGUGACGCUACACACACUGGCCACCCUGACCUCAGUUCCGAUCUCCUAACAUACCCAGUCUUUUCUCAUCUCAGAAUCCUUCACAAUGUUCCUAUGGUUGCCCUGUUACAAUGUUUACUUAAACAUGACAAGCCCGAUUGCCUUAUA